CCCAAACGGGAGCUGCUGAUGUACCGUUGCACGUACAAGUUGCAAUAUCAUAAGAAUAUUUACUGUCGUAUCAUGUGAACGGAGGCGAGAAUAAAAUGGAUACCAAAAACUUUGACUGUUAUGUUGAUGUACAUAGUCAUUUGACGGAUGAAGUAUUUACAGAGGACAUUGAACAAGUUAUAUCAGAAGCAAAAAAGGUUGGAGUGGCAGCAUCCCUAGUUGUUGCAGAGAAUGAAGACCAGUAUGAUAAAGUUCUUAGUCUUGCAGACAGAUUUCCAGACUUUGUGCUACCAUGUCUUGGAGUCCACCCUGUUCAGGGAGAUCCAACCCAGGAGAGACGAAGUGCCAAUAUGCAGGAUAUCACCAAUACAGAGGCUUCGGUCGACAAACAUCAUGGCAGACUGGGCGCUGUUGGAGAGGUGGGGCUUGACUUUACUCCCCGAUUCUGUGGAGAGGAGGGUGACAAAGAGAUGCAGAAACUGGUGUUGGCUAGACAGGUGGAAAUUGCUCAGAAGUAUGAUCUUCCGUUAAAUGUGCACUCAAGAUCAGCUGGCAGACCAACCAUAGCAUUACUCAAGGAAUUAGGUGCCACUAAGGUGUUGAUGCACGCGUUUGACGGGAAACCCUCAGUGGGCAUGGAGGGGGUCAAGGCUGGCUUCUACUUCUCCGUUCCCCCCUCUGUGACUAGGACAGAUGAUGUGAGUCCAGAAACAAAGAGAGAAGUUUGUGCGACAGAUUCCCAUAGAACACCUUCUCCUCGAGACAGAUUCCCCUGCCCUGGCCCCUGUCAAACAGACACGCAACAGCCCGUCCAAUAUUGUCCUGUCCUGUGAGUAUAUCGCUAAAGUAAAAAAGAUGGACCCAUCUGAUGUGAGGAAGAUUACAACACAGAAUGCUGUUAAACUGUUUCCAAAACUUGCAAGCUUCCUUGUAAAAAGACUGUAAAUAAAUACAUGUGAAAAAUGA